GACACAUAUUAUUAAGUCAAGAGUUGUAGAUAGCACCAUCUUUGGAGAUGCAGAGGAUGCAAGAUUAAGUGAUCUGUUCAAUAGAACAGCUGUCAAUGGUAUUGCUUUCUUACAAACACAAGAAAAUAUUAAAAAUUGAAUUGAUUGCUGCUAUAAUUAUAUUGCAGAUGUCGACAUGCCAGAUCUUUGGAGUGCAGCUGUUUCAGAGGCAAAAAAGUGGUUAGAGGAGAAGAAAUUGGGUUCAAAUUCAAAGUGUGUUUGUGGGAAUCUGAAAAAAAUUUCUUCAAUGCAUAAUGACAUUUGCUACCAUGAACUCAAAUUGUAUGAUCUGAUUACUGUAGAUGUUCUUAAUGACACCUAUAUAUCUAUCAUCUCUGGAUAAUUCAUUGAACUUCAUUCUGAUGCUUUAUUUGAUAUUUUACAUUGUCCAUAGGCAAUAGUUAGAAUUGCAGAUGAAGAUGGAAAUUAUUUACAGGAAGCAUGGGAGCAUAUUUUGACGUGUGCUGGGAGAAAUUUGCAAGUUACUUUGAGGUGGAGCUGAAGGAGGUGAAGCUAAGAGAUGGAUACUAUGUAAUGGACCCUCAAAAAGAAUUUGAAAUGGUAGAUGAGAACACUAUUUGUGUUGCUGCUAUUCUUGGUUCCACUCUCAAUGGAGAAUUUGAAUAUGUUAAGUUUUUGAAUGAUCUCUUGACUGAGAAGAACAAACAAACUGGAUGGGACACUGCAAUCCAUGUUGAUGCUGCAAGCGGUGGGUUUAUUGCUCCAUUCCUUUACCCGGAGCUUGAGUAGGAUUUCCCGUUGCCUUUGGUGAAUAGUAUACCAUUGCUUUUCCAAGUUAACUUUUAUGUUUGGUGGAUUCUCAUUGUUUGCUAUCAUCUGAUGCUUUAUAUAACAUUAUUUAAGUUACUUUUCAUGUUUGCUGUCUUAGACUACGAUUUCUCAUUUUAACAUUACUGUAAUUUGAUUCCCAUAGUGCUAUGUAAUUAUGGACUCUGAUUUGGAUAAUCUUUUUUUUUUUUCCUGGAAU